CUUCAGUGGGAGAGUGAGAGAGAGCGAAGGAGAAGACGCAGUCGAGAAAGGAGAGAGACAUCAUUACACACCUUACUCACACGGACCCACACCGGAGUGGCGGAAUGACAGAUCACAGCGGGGUGUUCAGUGGGGUGGACCUGCAGUGCUGGAUGAACAACCGGGCACACCGGACUGAGGAGAUGGACAGGGAGAGGCUGCUGGUCCGCAGGGGACAGCCCUUUUCCCUGGUGCUGCAGUGCAGCGGUGCCCCACCCCAACCCCCGAGGCACAGGAUCGCCCUCGUCCUGCACCUGGGCAAAAGAUGCAAGGUGGUUGUGAAGGUGUCGGACUCGCAGGCCGGGGGCCGGAGCCAGUGGUGGUUCAGCCAGCAGAGGGCGCAGAGCGAGCUGCUCCUGACGGUGCACAGCCCAGCGGACGCACACGUGGGGCUCUACAGCAUGACCGUGGUGCUGCUGUCCCCCGACGGCCAGCUCCAGGAAAAGACUCCCGUUGGACAGUUCUACCUGCUCUUCAACCCCUGGUGCAAAAGUGACCCUGUGUACCUCCCUGAUGAGGAACAGCUGCGGGAGUACAUUCUGAAUGAAAAUGGCGUGCUGUAUCAAGGGUCCUGGGACCAUAUCCGCACUCUGCCCUGGAACUUUGGACAGUUUGAAAAGGGCGUGGUGGAUAUCUGUUUCGAGAUCCUAGACAACUCUCCGGCAGCGCUGAAGAACCCGGAGACAGACCAGGCCAACCGCAAUGACCCGGUUUACGUGAGCAGGACCAUGACAGCGAUGGUGAACUCCAACGAUGACCGGGGUGUGGUCUCGGGCCGCUGGGACGGGGAGUACUCAGACGGGGUGUCGCCCACGCGGUGGACGGGCAGCGUGCCCAUCCUGCACCGCUGGAGCGAGGGCGGGGCCCAGAGCGUGCGCUACGGCCAGUGCUGGGUGUUCUCCGGGGUGGUGUGCACAGUCCUUCGCUGUCUGGGCAUCCCCACCCGCUGCAUUACCAACUAUUCCUCAGCCCACGACACAGAUGCAAACCUCGCCAUCGACUGCUGGUUCAACGAGGACCUGGAGAACGUGUCCACAGGCAGGAGGGACACGGUCUGGAACUACCACUGCUGGGUGGAGUCGUGGAUGGAUCGCGAGGACUUGCCUAAGGGUUAUGAUGGGUGGCAAGUGCUGGACCCCACGCCCCAGGAGAGAAGCGAUGGGGUGUACUGCUGCGGGCCCUGCCCAGUGCGGGCCAUAAAGGAGGGGGAGGUGGGGAUGAAGUACGACGCCACGUUUGUGUUCUCCGAGGUGAACGCUGACCUGACCAACUGGAUUGUGCACCCAGACGGUCAGCACUCCCGAGUCUCUGUCAAUCAGAAGACCAUCGGCCGCAACAUCAGCACGAAGAGCAUAUAUGGAGAGCAGAGAGAGGACAUCACCGACCACUACAAAUACCCAGAGGGUUCGCAGAAAGAGCGGGAGGUAUACCAGAAGGCGGGGCGCCGGGUGGCGCAGCUGAACGGGGCGGGGCAGCAGCUGGAGCUGUCCAUCAGGCACGCCCAGGCAGUCUACGGCACGGACUUCGACGUCAUCGUGGAGGUGCAGAACACGGGCGACAAGGACACGCCUGCCCGCCUCACCAUCAGCUCCAACGCCGUCACCUACAACAGCCUCCACCUGGGCGAGUGCCAGAGAAAGAGCGCCAGCCUCACGGUGCCCGCGCAGAAGGCUCUCAAGGAGGUGCUACGGCUGCGCUAUGACCACUAUGGCUCGUGUGUGUCUGAGCAUCACCUGAUCAGGGUCACUGCCCUGCUGCUGGCAGACAACCACCAUGACAUCAUCCUGCAGGAGGUCAACAUCCCUCUGAGCAUGCCCCAGCUUGUGGUGAAGGUCCUGGGGGACGCAAUUGUGUUUCGCAAGGUGACCGCCCACAUUACAUUCACCAAUCCACUGCCGGUGUCCCUUCGCAGGGGCGUGUUCACUGUGGAAGGGGCGGGUCUCACCAGAGCAAAGGAAAUCCUAGCACCAGGGGACAUUUCACCUGGUCAGGAGGUCAUGGUUAAGAUCACCUUCAGGCCCACCCGCCCAGGCCCCCGGAAGCUUCUAGUGGACUUUGAUGCAGACCGGCUGAGGGAUGUCAAGGGCGUAGCCACUGUGAUUGUCCGGAAGAAGUGAACGGAGAAAGACCUGAUGCCACAAGGAGCCCAAACUGAAACGUGUUCAUUAUAAACUGCGUAUUUUUUAUAUCUACAUAUACAUAUACAUAUAUUUUACAUCUACAUUGUAUAUUGCAAAUCAUAACCAGACUUGAGUAAUGUUCUGUUGCUGCCAUGGUGAUUCUCCAUUUCUCAUAAAUGGGUGUUGUAGGUCCAUAUUUGUCCUCACCAAGUUGGAACAGAUUUAGCAUUGAAUUAGUCAAUUAGUCAUAGAUUUGUAUGUUUAAUGGUCUGUGAAUUUGAACCACUGAUUUCUUUUCAUGAAAAUGUAUGGUGCAAUGUACUGGAGUUGUUGAGCUUGAUGGACCCAGAUGACUAACUUACACUUUAGAGCAUCUCCUUUGCCUUCUUUAAAACUAAGUAUUAAACCCCUGUUGCAUAUUUACUACUGCUGUUGAAUGAAUUAAAUGGGGGAAAAAUGUUAUUACCAAGCAGUAAUCCAACACAUUGUGUGAACACCCAAGUAAGAUUAUUUGUUCAACUUUUUAACACUAAAUCUGUUGCAUUUUGUUUACUGUAUUUAUAAAUAAAAAGUCUUCGU